UUCCCUUAGAAAACCAUCUUUACACUGCAAGCCUUAACGAGCGUCUUUGACAAGCCACGUGCCGUUUUCCGAGGAGGCUUCUUUUUCGCAACAGUCACGUGGCAUUUUGUGACAGGGCCAUGGACGGUGAAUCUGUUAGGAGCGUCGGAUCCUCUGAGAGCUCCGGGUCGACCGUCAGGCACGUCAGCAGCAGAAAUGAAGGCAUCGUUUUCAAAACGAUAAAGGGCCGGCUUAAGGGAAAGAUCUCCGCCUCUAGCGUGGCCCUCCCUGCCUUCCCCGCCUCCUCCUGCACUCCGGAAAGGCCCUGUGCCGGCUUGCCAAACGGGCGGGCUUGUAACGAGGAUGAGGUUGAAGGUUACAGGGAGGUUUUUGGAAGGAAGGGCGAAGGGCAAGCAGCAGCAGCAGCAGCAGCAGCAGCAGGGGGGUCUGCCUUGGCUCCUGAGUACAGGCUGGGACCUCAGCCGUCAGGGGUCAGCCAACAGCCGUCAGGGGUCAGCCAGCAGCCGUCAGGGGUUAGCCAGCAGCCGUCAGGGGUUAGCCAGCAGCCGCCAGGGGUUAGCCAGCAGCCAUCAGGGGCCAGCCAGCAGUCGUUGGGGGCCAGCCAGCAGUCGCUGGGGGGCAGCCAGCAGUCGUCAGAGGCUAGCCAGCAGUCGUCGGGAGGUGAAACACGGGAAUCAGGAAGGGAAUGGUCACCUUUACCGCAGCAGUAUGGUCCGAGGCCUCAGAACGAUGUGCGAUCACAGAAUUCAGGGAUUAGCCGGCAGUCGUCAGGAGGUGAAUCGGGAGGGGAAGGUGCAUCUGCUGGGCCUCUGUACGGUCAGCGGCCCCAGUAUGAUGUGCGAUCUCAGCAUUCAGGGAUCAGCCGGCAAUCGUCAGGUGGCAGCCUGCUGUCGCCAGGAGGCGAGUCACGUGAACCAGGAAGGGGUUGGUCACCUUCUGGGCAUCAGAAUGGUCAGGGGCCUCAGUGCGAGAUGCGAGCACAGUAUUCAGGGAUUAGCCGACAACCGUCAGGAGGUGAAUCGGGAGGGGGGGGUCUACCUACAGGGCCUCGGUACCCUCAGCGGCCCCAGUAUGAUGUGCGAUCGCAGCAUUCAGAAGUCAGCCGGCAAGCUUCGGGGGAUAGCCUGCUGUCGCCAGGUGCUCCAUUGGGAGGGGGGGGUUCACCGGCUGGGCGUCAGUAUCUUGAGCGGCCUGAGUAUGAUGCGCGAUUGCAGUGUUCCGGGAUUAGCCGGCAUUUAUCUGCCUCAGGAUGGGGAGGUUCGCCUGCUGGGCCUCUGUACGUUCAGCGGCCCGAGUCUGAUGUGCGUUCGCAGCGUUCGGGGAUUAGUCGGCAGUCGUCCGGGGAUAGCCUGCUGUCACCAGGCGCUCCGUGGGGAGGGGGAGGGAGAGGUUCGCCUGCAGGGCCUCGGUACCCUCAGCGGCCGGAGUAUGAUGUGCGAUUGCAGCAUUCAGAAGUUAGCCGGCAAGCCUCAGGGGAUAGCCCGCUGUCACCAGGCGCUCCGUGGGGAGGGGGAGGGGGAGGUUCGCCUGCAGGGCCUCGGUACCCUCAGCGGCCGGAGUAUGAUGUGCGAUUGCAGCAUUCAGAAGUUAGCCGGCAAGCCUCAGGGGAUAGCCUGCUGUCACCAGGCGCUCCAUGGGGAGAGGGAGGGGGGGGGGGAGGGGGAGGGGGAGGGGGAGGGGGAGGGGGAGGGGGAGGGGGAGGGGGAGGGGGAGAGGGGGGUUCGCCUGCAGUGCACCCGUAUGACAGGUGGGGGUUCAUCAAGGGGGGUCCGAAGCCCUGGUACGAUGCGCAAUCGCAGAAUUCAGGGAUUAGCUGGCAAUCGUCGGGAGGUGUUUGGGGCGGGGAAGGGGUGCCUGUUAUGCAUCAGUGCAGUCCGAAGCCCCAGUACGAUGUGCAAUCGCAACGCUCGGGGAUUAGCCGGCAAUCAUCAGGUGAUAGCCUGCUGUCGGCAGGCGCUUAUUCAGGAAGGGGGGGGCUGCCUGCUGGGGUUGAGUAUGGUGUGGGGCCGCAUGGUGUGGGGCUGCAUGGUGUGCAGCAGCAGCAGCAGCAGCAACAGCAACAGCAGGGGAAGCAGGAGAAGCAACAGUGGCAGUGGCAGCAGCAGCACAAUCAACUACGGGAGCAGCAGGAGCAGCAACAGCAGUGGCAGUGGCAGCAGCAACAGCAGUGGCAGUGGCAGCGACAGCAAAAUCAGCAGCAACAGCAGCAGCAACAGCUGUCAAGCCAUCAGCGUCAGGUGCAGUGGCAGCAAGAGCACUGGAAGCAGCAGCCACCGCAGCAGCAGCAGCAGCAGCAGCAGCAGCAGCAACAAGCCAAUCAGCAGCAGCAGCUACAGCAGUGGCGGCAGCUGCAGCAACAAGCCGAUCAGCAGCAACGAAAGCAACAGCAGUGGCAGCAGCUGCAGCAGGUGACACAAGAUCCAAUGGGGCGAGAAAUGGGAGGGGGGAUGAAAUCCGGUCCAGCAGCUUUCCCUGGCAAUAAAAGUACCAAUGACGACAUUUAUAUUGACUGCUUGAGUGACAGUAUUGGAGACAGCAUUACCUUUGGCACUGUUGUCAAGGCCACUGUCGCCAAUGGCGCUAUUACCAGUGGCAUUGUAACCAGUCACUUUAUUGCAACAGGAGCACGCGCUGCAGCAGCGCCACCACCAGUAGCACCAGCAGCACCAGCAGCAGCAGGAGGGAUGCCGCCGCCAUCGGUGCAGGAGCUUCAGCUGCUGGAGAUGCAACUAAUAGAAAACUUGCAGCGAGUUCAGUUGGCCUUGGGGAACGUAGGCGCUCUCCAUCUCGUUCCCACACCUCGUAACGCUGCUGCUCCACUCACACCAGCCACACCUGCUGCUGCUGGUGCUGCUGCUGCUGCUGCUGCUGGUGCUGCUGCUGGUGCUGCUGCUGGUGCUGCUGGUGCACGUACAGCAGCCUCACCUGCUGCUGCUGCUCCUGUUGUUGCUGCCAAUGCUGCGGCCACAAGUGCUGGUGCUGGUGCUGGUGCUGCUGGUGCUAAUACUGCUGGUAAUGCUGCUGGUAAUGCUGCUGAUGCUGGUAGCGGUGGUUCGGCUCAUGCCAAGCCUAGCCGGUUUGGAAGUUUUACUUUUAUGAGGCCAGGUUCGGUACUAGCAGGCUUGGGGGCCUUGAACCCCAUGAGAGCCAAGUCGCCGCUCCGAGGUCUGGUACGAGCAGGUGCGGGAAACGUAGCUGCGGGACAAGGUGGUCCGGAAAGCCCAGCUGGACCAGGUCCGGGUAGAAUCCCCAAGCCUAACCUCAGCCCGAACAUGGUCCCGGGCCUCAAGGAAGAUUUGCACGCUGGUCCGCACUUCUCCCCAGAGCCAUGGGAUGGGGAAGAAGAAUACACUGUGGUGUAUCAGAGAAGGAUUCAGGCUCGGGAAGCCGAGCCUGCCCUUGGGUUUGGGAGGCAGGGUCGGAUCGUCGAGAGGCAGUGCUUAUAACAAGAGGGGCGUUGGUGAGAGUGCUUAUAAUAACGAGGAUGCUUAUAUCGUGAUUGGGGACGUUGGACAUACCCGUUUCCCUGUAUGCAUGCCGUACAUCAAUACAAAUGGCUAUUCGAGCUUAUAUGUGCUGUUCGCCCCUCAUGUGUGUGGCUGUUCUUUAACCGAGAAGUGCUGUGCUUCCCUCAUGUGUGUGGCUGUUCUUUAACCGAGAAGUGCUGUGCUUCCCUCAUGUGUGUGGCUGUUCUUUAACCGAGAAGUGCUGUUCGCCCCUCAUGUGUGUGGCUGUUCUUUAACCGAGAAGUGCUGUUCUUCCCUCAUGUGUGUGGCUGUUCUUUAACCGAGAAGUGCUGUUCUUCCCUCAUGUGUGUGGCUGUUCUUUAACUGAGAAGUGCUGUUCGCCCCUCAUGUGUGUGGCUGUUAUUUAACCAAGAAGUGCUGUGCUUCCCUCAUGUGUGUGGCUGUUCUUUAACCGAGAAGCGCUGUGCUUCCCUCAUGUGUGUGGCUUAUCUGUAAGCGCUGAAGUGGUGUUCUUCCCUCAUGUAUCCCCCUCAAGCCCUCCGUGACCCACAGGAGGUCAGAGGUGCCCCCUCUGUUACGUCCCAGCCAGGACGUAUCAAGUGACAAGGUGUCACUCUAUACGUCCUCUUGCUUCCAUCUUGUGUGUGCCUAUAAAUUUAACUGCCAUGUGCUCCCUUUCUCCACGCAGAACGUUUCUGGCUUUAUCAACAAGCUAUGGAAGAGAUAACACCUACCGGGAGUUGAUCCUACGUUGCUUUACAGGGCCCUAG